GGACAGUGCAACGACUAUUCCAAUCAGUACAGUUCUAGUGCUAGUGACAUCAUACUUCGUGGCCUUUUUAUUUAAUUAAAAAUAUUUAAAGUGAAUAUUCUCUGAUUGUGAGUUUUACAAUGGAGCUUUCUACAAUAAUUAUGCAACUCUAUAUAUUAAGUCUAGCAACGAUUAGUUUCCAAACCAACACUACCGUCAUUCCCAACACUACUGUUCCACCAGUGAAAAAGGAUCUAUACCUUUGGUUACCAAGUGCAGUCUUGCCGAAGUUUUAUAAAAUCCAACUUACACCAUAUUUACUAGAAUCUGAUGGACCGAAACGGUUUACUUUUGACGGAACUGUUCAUAUUAUACUUGAAGCUCGAAUUACCAAUGUCAAAACAAUUAUGCUGCAUGCGAGGGACAUAAUAAUAUUCGGAUCAUCUCUUGAGGAGAAAGACAGUGGAAAUGAGAUUAAGAUUACAGAUCAGACUGAAUCUGAUCCGGUGACAAACAUAUUCAAUGUCAAUUUGGCAUCGGAAUUGAACACUACAUUGACUUAUAUACUAACAUUCAAUUACACAGGCGUAAUGGGUAAUGAUAUGCGCGGUUUCUACAAAAGCAAGUACACCAGUUCCAAGGGAGAAGAAGUCUACAUCGGUUCGACUCACUUUGAACCGUAUCAUGCUCGGCGUGCAUUUCCCUGUUUCGAUGAGCCUAAAUUUAAAGCUAAAUUCCAGCUCAAGAUCAUACAUCCUACUCAAUUCAAUGUUGUGAGUAAUACUCUCCCUGCAAGUGUACAUAGAAGAACUCCUGCAACAACAAUCACUACAUUCAAGGAGACUCCAAAAAUGUCCACUUAUCUUCUUGCCUUCAUUGUGUCCAAUUUUCGAACGCGCGGGGAGAAGGACUUCUUUGUGAUCGCACGUCCUGAAGCAUAUAAUCAAACCGAAUAUGCCUACAAGGUUGGACCAGAAUUGCUAACAAAGUUAGAAGAAUUCACCAACUAUCCAUAUAUUUCACAUGGCCUAGAGAAAGUGCAUUUAGCUGGAAUCCCCGACUUUUCUCCAGGAGCUAUGGAGAACUGGGGCUUGCUUACGUACAGAGAAACAAGAUUGUUGUAUGAUACAUCAGCGUCGACAUUAUAUGACCAACAAAGGGUCGCAACGGUUGUUGCUCAUGAGCUGGCACAUCAAUGGUUUGGCGAUUUAGUGAGCUGUGAAUGGUGGGGAUAUGUUUGGUUGAAUGAAGGAUUUGGAAGAUACUUUCAGUAUUUUAUAACACAUGAGCUGGAACCUUCUUGGGAACUAGACAAGCAGUUCGUAGUGGAACAACUCCAAACGAUAAUGAGUUUAGACUCCUUACCCGGAGUUACGCCGAUGAGCGACCCAUCUGUCGCUUCCCAAGUUGAAGUCACUCGUAUGUUCAAUAGUAUUUCCUACAGCAAGGCUGCCACCAUUAUCCGAAUGACAAAACAUAUGAUGACUAAAUCUAAGUUCAAAGAUGGCUUACAAAAAUAUUUGAAGGAUAAUGAAUAUACUACGACUACCCCCCAAAAUUUAUUUGACGUUCUUGAGGAAUAUUAUCCAGGGACGAACAAUAUCUCAUCAAUAAUGAAAGACUGGACAGAGCAGGUUGGAUAUCCGGUUAUAUACAUAAAGUUGGUGAACAACGGCAAAGCCUUUACAGUAUCGCAAAAACGCUUCCUAUUGAGAAGUGAUGCCGGAGAUGCAUCUCUCCUAUAUCAGAUACCGUUGACUUAUACAACCGACGUUGAAAGCAAUUUCGAGGACACCAAUACAAAGGUACUCCUUCCGAAAUUCACAUCCGAAGUCACCAUUGAUUUAGGAAACCAAACUGCCAAAUGGAUUAUUGCUAAUAUUCAAGAGGUCGGCUACUACCGAGUCAACUACGAUGAGACUAUCUGGGAUAAUAUCCAUAAAGCCCUUGUGUCGGCAAAUCAUGGAAAAAUUCAUGAGGUGAAUAGGGCCCAGAUCGUUGAUGAUGUAUUCAAUCUAGGACGAGCAGGUCUCCUGAGAUACGAACGGGUCAUAGAUAUCCUUGAGUAUCUGAAAUCCGAGAUACAUUAUCUUCCAUGGUAUGCUGCAUUCCAAGGUUACAGCUAUUUGGCAAUCCGUCUAGGAGUACCGAAUGAGAAAUAUUUCAAGCCUUACAUUCUCGGUCUUUUGGAUAACGUCUAUAAGAGCGUUGGUUUCACUUACAAUCAAACUGAGAAGCGUCUGGUAACCUACAAUCGUGCCAACGUGCUCUCCUGGGCUUGUAAAUAUGGGCAUACGGGUUGCGUGAAACAGUCGAAGGAUAUUUUCCAGGCUUUCAUGGAUGAAUCAAAACCUGUAGAGGUUAACAUCCGUGCGGCUGUCUAUUGUACUGCAAUUCGUGAAGGUGGCAAAAAAGAAUUCAACUUCCUUUGGAAUAAGUUUAAAGUGGAGAACGUGGCAGUUGAGCAAGUUACCAUUUUAGCCGCUUUGGGUUGCAGCAAUGAUAAAGCUCAAUUGAAUACGUACUUGGAAUUGAUAUUGUCGGACGAAGUACGUCUGCAAGAUAAACAAGCAGCCUUUCAAGGAACUCUUACCAGUUCCGUUGAAAAUGUUGAUGUUGUUUGGGAGUACGUUCAGCGCAAUUACAAGAAAAUGCUUUCAUCUUUCGGAUCCAUACCAACUGUAGUAAUCAUCCUGAAUGAGAUCUCAUCUCGAUUCACCAACGAGGAGCAGAAAACAUCUUUUGAAUCAUUUCUUGAUUAUCACGAAACUGAAUUCGGCUCUUUUGCUUUGAAUUUGAGAAAUUCAUUAGGUCACGUAGCGUACAACAUCAAAUGGACAACGGAGUCGCUCAAGCCGUUUGUGAAGCAUAUACAAUAUGUAAGCCGGAGUGCAGCAAGUACAUCAUGCAGUGCAAUUGUAAUGCUAAUCAGAUCAUAUCUAUUAACGUACAUACUCCAUUGCAGAUAAUUGAAGUGAAAAUUUGGUAGAUUUUACUUUGCCAUAUUCAGAAUGGAACUUAAUGCAUAAGUUAUUUCCAUCA